CACAACAUGAAAAAUCGUGAAGAAAAUCAAAAAUGAAGCUGAAAAAAGUUAAUUAUUGAAUUUGGAUGCGACAAAGGACAACUAUCAUGUUUUUACGAUCUCCUUUGGUUAAGUUUAUUAGUUUUUGUGUGAUUAUUUCGUUUGUUAUUUCUUUGUUGAUUGCUGCUCUUCCCACAAAUCUCGAAUCUUGCAAUUGCGAGAAUUAUUUGGAUACGCACAAUUCCAUUCAUGAGGAUGUCAAGCGAAACAAAUUUUACAAUGCACACUUGGGGAGCAUCGAUAAACCAAAAUUAGCCAUUCUCGUGCCAUUUCGCGAUCGUUUCGAUGAAUUACUGCAAUUCGCGCCACAUUUGACGGAUUUUUUGAAACGCCAACAGAUACCUCAUCACAUCUUCGUGCUGAAUCAAGCGGAUCGUUAUCGAUUUAAUCGUGCAUCGUUAAUUAACACCGGAUUUUUGUACACUCAACAUGAUUUUGAUUAUAUUGCGAUGCAUGACGUCGACUUGUUGCCUCUCAAUGACAAACUUAAUUACUCUUAUCCGAAGGAAGGAAGUGUUUUUCACGUAGCUGCUCCCGAUUUGCAUCCGAAAUAUGGAUAUCCGAACUUUGUUGGAGGAAUUUUGCUCGUUAACCGAGAGGAUUUUCGUAAAGUUAAUGGCAUGUCAAAUCGUUAUUGGGGAUGGGGAUUGGAAGACGAUGAAUUUUUUGUGCGUUUGAAGGAAAGUUCCAUUGCAGUAAAGAGACCUGAAAAUGUUGGCACGGGAAAAACGGAUACCUUUAAACACAUUCACGAUAAAAUGCAUCGAAAACGCGAUACAACAAAGUGUUAUAAUCAACGUGAAGUUACUCGUAAACGCGAUCGAGAAACGGGCCUCGAUACACUCAAAUACGAGAUAAGCAGUAGAAAUAUGGUUUCAAUAGACGACGUUACAGUUACAGUGUUGAACAUUAAAUUGUAUUGUGAUACAGAGAAAACGCCAUGGUGCGAUUGUGAAGGCGCUCCGCCUGAAGCGAAAACAAAAAGAAAAGCACGAGCAAGUCAAAAAAGCUAAAUGGAAUAGACAAUCUUGAAUUUUUUUUUUGUGUAAUUUUAAUUUUUUUUUUAAAAAACAAAUAUAUUAUGAUAGAAAAUGUGAACAAAAAAUCAAUCCGAAGAACUUG